AUGGCACCAAAAAGCCAGGGCACGUUGCAGGUGAAUGACUGCCUUUCGGCGAUCACUGACAUACCAGGCUGCUUCCAGGAGGUGAUUACUUCAUUCCUGACUUUUCAAAUAAAGAUUGGUCCUGAGUGUUGUAAAGCUUUGCUUGACAUUGAAGAUAAUUGUUGGAGGACACUUUUUCCACUCAUUACUUCUCAAUUUCCUUCACUGGUUAAAACAUUCUGCACUACAUCACCACCCCCGCACCCCCACAAUCUACAAUCCUUGUCUGCAGACUACUCGACGUUUUCACCUGAACCGGCAUGGGCACCAGAAGGAGACACGGCUAAUGAACCAGCAUGGGCACCUGAAGAAGACACGGCUAAUGAACCAGCAUGGGCACCAGAAGAAAACACGGUGGCUGAUCAAUGA